UCGACAGAAAUCUCAAAUAUUCUGCUCUUCCGUACUUCACGAAAUUAAAAUCAACCAGAAAUUAGUAGAACUAGGAGCGAAAGCAAAGCAAAGCUUUCACUUCUAAUAAUUCUCCCUCGCUGUAUCCGUCUCACUAAAUUUUAAAUCAACUCCAAUAGUCACUCCCUUCUCCAAACCCUAAACACUACCCAACUCUUAUUCUCUUCGCACUUUCAGGUCACUUUCUUCAAUAACUGUUCACUUUCAACAGAUUUAUUUGAUAAACUUCGACGCUUAUUCGAUUUGUUUAGUUCUAAAAUUAUUCAUUGAUUUAAUAUUUGAAUUCCUUUCUUUUUAAUCGGUCUUGUUCUGUUCUCUUUAGGUUGGAAUGUUUGGGUUAUUACCAGUAUAUUGAACAAUUAGGGGACUAAGAGAGCAGUUAUCUUUCUUGGUCCCCCAUCAUAUGAAUUUCUUCUUCAAUUUUAUCAACAGCAGUAGGUAGAUAAUGAGCUUAACGUUGCAACAUCUUCGCUCCCCAUUUUAUGGGACUCCACUUUCAAUUACCCCAAAACACACCAAAUGUUAUGGCAAAAAGCAGUUAUCAUUAUCAAGGUGGUCAUUUCGAAAAUGUCAUUGUACUGCUAAAAAGCACAGUAGCAGUAAUAAUAAAAAUCAAGAUUGGAUUACUCAUGCUAUUAAGUUUUCUAAUUUUUGUGGCAAGUAUGUAGUGUUCUUAAGAAAUGUUCUUGGUUCUAGAAGUGGGUUUAAGGUAGAAUGUGUGAGUGAGCCUUUUGCUCAAAGUAAAGCUCUUGUUAGAUCAUUGGCUCCUUUGUGGGAGGAAGGGUUGCUUUUCAUUAGAGGUUCGGUUUUUGUGGCAGUGAUAUCUGGGGUGUGUUUGCUGGUGUGGUAUGGACAGAAUAAAGCUAAGAGUUACGUCGAGGCUAAGCUUUUGCCUUCUGUUUGUUCCGUGCUUAGUGAUUAUAUUCAGCGUGAGAUUGAUUUUGGUAAGGUUCGAAUGGUUUCUCCUUUAAGUAUUACUUUAGAGUCUUGCUCGAUUGGGCCCCAUAAUGAAGAAUUUUCUUGUGGUGAGGUGGCUACAGUGAAGCUUCGACUUUGCCCUUUUGCAAGUUUGAGGAGAGGCAAGAUUGUGAUUGAUGCGGUAUUGUCUCAUCCAACUGUAGUGAUUGUGCAAAAGAAGGAUUACACUUGGUUAGGUAUACCAUUUUCUGAUGGUGGUCUAGAAAGACACUUAUCUACUGAAGAUGGAAUUGAUUAUCGUACCAAGAGAAGGAGGAUUGCUAGAGAGGAAGCAGCCGCUCGUGGGGUUAGAGAGAGGGAUGAUAAUGCAAAGGAAGCUGCAGAGAGGGGAUAUGUUGUUCCUGAGAGAGAUUCUAGUUCAUCUGAAGACAAUGUCUUGAAGGAGGAUUCAACUCAUUCUACAAAUGUAACAAACUAUGAGUCUAUCUCAUGUAUGGAUGAAAAGAUGCACUGGAGGGACCAUCAUUGCACAGACACAGGUUUUAUUUAUGAUAUGAAACAUGCUGAUUUGGAGAAAUCUUUUGGUGUAAAAUUUCCUGGUUCUAGUCUUAACUUCUGGACUAGCAUGAUUAAAGGACCAAAAAAACACUUUUUUAACAGGAAGACUAAUGGGGUCAAUAUCUCAGCGGCUGGUCUAAAUGCUAAAACACGAAUCCUUGAGCGUAGUGCAUCAGCAGCUGUUAUGUAUUUCAAUGGCCUGUCUAAUGGGGAGUUUGAUGAGCCUUCUCAGUCAUCUGAUAGCUAUCCUCUUAUGAACCUUGACAAUCUUUUGGUGCAAAGCCAAGGUGAUAAUACUGCAUAUGUAUAUAACAAUGUCAGUGGUGAAUGCUCAACUGUGGACAAGCAGAACAGAGAAUAUCACGGGACUUCAGGAAUCCAGCCUCUGACAGUAAACAUAUGUUAUCUUAGUGAUACAUAUGAUUUUAAUCUUAUACGUGAUCCAUUUCUUAGGACUCUAGAUAGACUUAUUGAAGUUGCAAAAGUUGGUGAAAAUCUACCAUCUGUCCGAAGUGCUGUGCGAGAUGCUAAGACCAAUGGUGUAAACAAUGAGGAUUUAUCAGUAGAUUUUGCAGGUAGAGAUACAGACGCACUUGCAAAUGAGAUUGAAAACAGUCAUGCAUCUCAAGACUGCACUUCAGAAAAGCUUGAUCCUGGAACUGCAGUGAGUCAUCCAGAUCCAAGUUCAUCUUCUUUUCCAAAAAAUAUCACGGGCCUGUUAUCUCAUCUUUUCUCCGGUCCAAUUCAAAAGAUGAAGUCAGGUGUCGGUCCAAAAGUUGAAGAUAUUGUUGCAGAGCUUGUUGAUGGUGUAGAUGUAAUGCAGACUGAAGGGAUUGAGAAGAUGCUUCCAGUUUCAUUGGAUUCUGUUCAUUUUAAAGGUGGAACACUGAUGCUGCUUGGAUAUGGUGACAGGGAGCCUAGAGAGAUGGAAAACGUCAAUGGACAUUUGAAGUUCCAAAAUCACUAUGGUCGUGUGUAUGUCCAAUUGAGUGGCAACUGUAAGAUGUGGAGAUCUGAUGCAAUAUCUGAAGAUGGUGGCUGGUUAUCUGCAGAUGUUUUUGUUGACUGUGUGGAGCAAAAUUGGCAUGCUAAUUUAAAAAUUGCCAAGCUCUUUGCUCCGCUUUUUGAAAGGAUUCUAGACAUUCCAAUUGCUUGGUUCAAAGGGAGAGCCACUGGUGAGGUUCAUAUUUGCAUGUCAAGAGGGGAGACAUUUCCUAAUCUUCAUGGGCAGCUUGACGUGACAGAAUUAGCCUUCCAAAUAUUUGACGCUCCAUCAUCAUUUUCUGACAUUUCAGCAAGUUUAUGUUUUCGUGGUCAACGGGUAUUCUUACACAAUUCAAGUGGCUGGUUUGGUGAUGUUCCUUUAGAAGCUUCUGGAGAUUUUGGCAUUCAUCCGGAGGAAGGAGAGUUUCACCUAAUGUGUCAGGUUCCUAGUGUAGAAGUAAAUGCUUUGAUGAAAACAUUUAAGAUGAGGCCUUUAUUGUUCCCGUUAGCAGGUUAUGUAACUGCAAUAUUUAACUGUCAAGGGCCCCUGGAUGCUCCAAUAUUUGUGGGAAGUGGAAUGGUUUCCAGGAAAAUAUCUCAUUCGAUUUCAGAUGUCCCUGGGUCUACUGCAUAUGAAGCAAUGUUGAAAAGCAAAGAGGCUGGUGGUUUGGCAGCAUUUGACCGUAUUCCAUUUUCAUAUCUAUCAGCUAACUUCACAUUUAACACUGACAAUUGUGUUGCUGACCUAUAUGGAAUUAGAGCUAGCCUUGUGGAUGGUGGUGAGAUUCGAGGGGCAGGGAAUGCAUGGAUUUGCCCUGAGGGUGAGGUAGAUGAUACCGCAAUGGAUGUAAAUUUCUCUGGCAAUUUUUCUUUUGAUAAGAUCAUGCAUCGAUAUAUUCCAGGUUACCUUCAGCUGAUGCCUCUAAAAUUGGGGGAGCUAGCGGGAGAAACAAAACUUUCUGGAUCCAUUUUGAGACCGAGGUUUGAUAUCAAGUGGAUUGCACCAAAAGCUGAAGGAUCAUUUAGUGAUGCUCGAGGAGACAUUGUGAUCUCACAUGAUUAUAUUACUGUAAACUCAUCAUCUGUUGCUUUUGAGUUGUCCACAAAAGUCCAGACAAACUAUCCUGAUGAAUACUGGCUAGACAGAAAAGAGUUUAAUGCAAAGAACAUUGUGCCAUUUAUUAUUGAAGGAGUCGAGUUGGAUCUGCGCAUGCGUGGUUUUGAGUUUUUCAGCUUGGUCUCUUCCUACCCUUUCGAUUCUCCAAGACCUACACAUUUGAAAGCAACUGGAAAAAUCAAAUUCCAGGGAAAGGUUAUGAAGUCUUCUAGUACUGCUAAUGAAGAGGAUCUUCCUUCUAAGAAUAGCAUGCUGGAAAGGCAAAUUGAGGGUAAUAAAGGGAGGCUUGUCGGUGAUCUUUCUGUAUCAGGUCUUAGAUUGAAUCAGCUGAUGCUGGCACCUAAGUUGGUUGGACAGUUGGGCAUUUCACGUGACCAUAUCAAGUUGGAUGCCAUGGGUAGGCCAGAUGAAAGUCUUGCAGUUGAGUUUGUGGGGCCAUUACAACCUAGCUGUGAGGAAAAUUCACAAAAUGGAAAGUUAUUGUCUUUUUCCCUUCAGAAGGGGCAACUAAGAGUUAAUGUCUCUUUCCAACCACUACAUUCUGCUACCUUGGAGGUACGGCAUCUUCCACUUGAUGAGUUGGAGUUGGCUUCACUUCGGGGAACAGUACAAAGGGCAGAAAUUCAGCUUAAUCUUCAGAAGAGAAGGGGCCAUGGUGUGUUAUCUGUUCUUCGUCCGAAAUUUAGUGGUGUGCUCGGUGAAGCCUUAGAUGUGGCUGCUAGAUGGAGUGGUGAUGUUAUCACUGUUGAGAAAACUGUUUUGGAACAAGUCAAUAGCCGUUAUGAGCUUCAAGGUGAAUAUGUAUUGCCUGGCACCCGAGAUAGAAACCUUGCUGGAAAAGAAAAGGGUGGUCUCUUCAAAAGGGCAAUGACUGGACAACUUGGAAGUGUCAUAUCUUCUAUGGGAAGGUGGAGAAUGAGACUUGAAGUUCCUCGAGCUCAGGUUGCUGAGAUGCUUCCACUUGCAAGACUUCUGUCUCGAAGUACAGAUCCUGCUGUUCGUUCUAGAUCCAAGGACCUUUUCAUUCAAAGUCUGCACUCAGUUGCAUUAUAUCCUGAGAGUCUUCAAGAUUUGCUCGAGGUAAUAAGGGGACAUUAUACUUCAUCAAAUGAUAUUGUUCUAGAUGACAUAACUCUUCCAGGUUUAGCUGAACUUAGAGGCUGCUGGCAUGGUUCUCUCGAUGCCAGUGGUGGAGGCAAUGGGGACACCAUGGCAGAGUUUGAUUUUCAUGGGGAAGAUUGGGAGUGGGGAACCUACAAAACUCAGCGUGUUAUUGCAGUUGGUGUAUACAGCAACAAUGAUGGUUUGCGCCUUGAGAGGAUAUUUAUCCAAAAGGAUAAUGCCACGAUCCAUGCUGACGGCACUUUGUUAGGGCCAAAAACCAAUCUUCAUUUCGCUGUUCUGAAUUUCCCUGUUAGUUUAAUUCCGACUGUGGUUCAGGUCAUUGAAUCUUCAGCUUCUGACACUAUUCAUUCUUUGCGGCAACUUUUAGCUCCAAUUAGAGGUAUUUUGCACAUGGAAGGAGAUCUGAGAGGAAGUCUUGCAAAACCAGAAUGCGAUGUGCAAGUAAGGCUCUUGGAUGGUGCCAUUGGAGGCAUUGAUCUUGGACGAGCUGAAAUUGUUGCUUCCCUGACUUCAACCAGUCGUUUUCUUUUCAAUGCCAAAUUUGAACCAAUCAUUCAAAAUGGCCAUGUGCAUGUUCAAGGAAGCGUUCCUAUUAAUUUUGUUCAAAAUAACUCAUUGGAUGAAGAAGACUCAGAAACAGAUAAAAAUUUGGCAACUUGGGUUCCUGGUUGGGCUAGGGACAGGAAUAGAGGAUCUGCUGAUGAAGCAAGCGAAAAGAAAGCUUUUAGAGAUAGAAAUGAAGAUAGUUGGAAUGCUCAAUUAGCUGAAAGCCUAAAAGUGCUAAACUGGAAUUUCUUAGAUGCGGGAGAAGUUAGGAUUGAUGCUGAUAUCAAAGAUGGGGGAAUGAUGAUGUUGACAGCUUUAUCUCCUUAUGUGGACUGGCUUCAUGGGAAUGCUGAUGUUAUGCUUGAGGUCAGAGGUACAGUUGAACAACCUGUGCUUGAUGGAUUUGCUUCAUUCCACAGAGCGUCUAUAUCUUCACCAGUACUCCGACAGCCACUUACAAACUUUGGGGGCACUCUACAUGUAAAAUCCAAUAGGUUAUGCAUCGCUUCACUGGAGAGUCGGGUAAGCAGAAGGGGAAAGCUACUUGUAAAAGGCAAUCUGCCCCUCAGAACAAGUGAAGCAUCCCUUGGUGAUAAGAUUGACUUGAAAUGUGAAUCCUUGGAAGUGCGGGCAAAGAACAUUUUGAGUGGCCAGGUUGACACACAGCUACAAAUUGCUGGUUCUAUAUUACAACCAAACAUCUCGGGAAAUAUUAAAUUGAGCCACGGAGAAGCAUAUCUACCACAUGACAAGGGUAGUGGAGGAUCUCCUUUUAAUCGAUUGGCAUCAAAUCAGUCCAGGCUUCCAGUCAGGGGACUGAAUCGAGCAGUUGCAUCUAGAUACGUUUCACGGUUUUUCAAUUCAGAACCUGCUGCUUCAAAGACCAAAUUUCCUCAAAACUCUGUCAAAUCAACUGAAGUUGAAAAGGAUUUGGAGCAACUCAGCAUUAAGCCUAAUAUAGAUGUUCGCCUUAGUGAUUUGAAGCUUGUGUUAGGACCAGAGUUGAGGAUAGUUUAUCCUUUAAUUCUCAACUUUGCUGUUAGUGGAGAGCUUGAGCUUAAUGGCUUGGCUCAUCCCAAAUGGAUAAAACCUAAAGGUGUUCUUACAUUUGAAAACGGUGAUGUCAAUCUUGUUGCAACACAAGUAAGGCUUAAGCGAGAGCAUCUAAAUGUAGCCAAAUUUGAGCCUGAGUAUGGACUAGAUCCUUCAUUAGACUUAGCUUUGGUCGGAUCUGAGUGGCAAUUCAGGAUUCAAAGCCGAGCCAGUAAUUGGCAAGACAAACUGGUGGUGACAUCAACACGUACCGUGGAACAGGACGCCCUCUCACCUAGUGAGGCAGCUAGAGUUUUUGAGAGUCAAUUAGCAGAAUCCAUAUUGGAGGGAGAUGGCCAACUUGCAUUUAAAAAGCUUGCAACUGCAACACUUGAAACAUUGAUGCCAAGAAUAGAGGGGAAGGGAGAAUUUGGCCAGGCUAGGUGGAGGCUAGUCUAUGCCCCGCAGAUUCCCAGUUUGCUUUCUGUUGAUCCUACUGUUGAUCCUCUGAAAUCUUUGGCCAAUAAUAUUUCAUUCGGCACAGAAGUUGAGGUGCAGCUUGGGAAACAUCUUCAGGCUUCUAUUGUUAGGCAGAUGAAGGACUCGGAGAUGGCCAUGCAAUGGACUUUGAUCUACCAGCUCACAAGCCGCUUGCGAGUGCUCCUGCAAUCUGCUCCUUCAAAACGCCUUCUUUUUGAAUAUUCUGCUACAUCACAGGACUAACUCACUGCCACCCUUUACUGGCUAGUCUACGCCAAUGGGAGUGGCAUCGUGAUUAGUGAAUGUUGUGGCAGCAGGGCCUGUUCAUAUCAGUUUUAGUUAAACCUGGUUGUAAAGAGAACAGGAAGAUAAAGGAGAAAUGUAAAGUUAGAUGUAGAUAUGUCAUUAUUCUUUGCUCUGAAAUAAAUGAGCUUGUUUAUAUGUUAAA